AUGAGACGCAGCGACUCGUCACUAUCAAAUACGGAUGAAUCUCAAGUCGGCCUUUUGAACGAGAAACGCGACUACUAUCAUGACGAUCGAGCAGCAACAGGCUCUGCAUCAACAGCCUGGCUGAGGAAUCCAACCUCCAACAGAAUCCUACUCAGUUGGCCAUGUCUGCCUCUGCGACACUUUGGUCGAUCACUCAGUCAGGCACUACAGAUAUUGCUACCGAGUUUCCUUCAGCCCCGACAACAACAUGUUUGUGGCAAGAGUGACAGCCUGCCACCAACAGCAUUCUUGGACGGCAUGCGUGGGCUCGCGGCAUUUGUGGUUUUCAUAUGCCAUUUAACCUAUGGCUCUUUCGAAAUUGGUCAUGCAUGGGGAGCAGACCCAGAUCCAGAAUCCCACGACCAGAACGACCACGUCAACAAAGAAUUUUUCCGUCUUCCCAUUGUUCGACUGCUAUACAGUGGCCCUCCGAUGGUCGCCAUCUUCUUCGUCAUUUCUGGCUACGCUCUCAGCUGCAAACCCAUCAAGCAGAUGAGAUCGCAAAAUCAUGAACAACUCAUGACCAGUAUGAGCUCGGCCAUCUUUCGCCGUGGCCUCCGAUUAUUUCUACCUUGCUUUGCCUCAACAUUUCUCGUCAUAUGUCUGGCUCAACUCGGCUUAUACCAGAGAACUGAGGUCUACGUGGGUCAAGUGCGUAUGCAGCGCGAGGACCACUGCUACACCCAGCCUAACCCUUGGCUACAAUUCAUCGACUGGUUACAACAGAUGCACAUCUUUGUCGACGUCUUUAAUUGGUCGUUGUAUGCCGGCUCGAUCGAACUCGACCGCCACCUGUGGACCAUUCCUGCCGAGUUUCGGUGCAGUCUGGGUCUUUUUCUCAGCCACAUGAUGGUCGCUAGAAUGUCUACCAAACUUCGCAUCAUGACCCUCUCAGCGCUGACGGUGUGGGGAGCGUCGUGGGAUCGAUGGGAGCUCUGUCCCUUCUGGGCUGGCGCGAUAAUUGUAGAGUUGGAUAUCAUACAACUCACCAAGACGACCGAUCUACCUUCUACAACGCCGAAUUCUAAAGAGCACCCACAAUGCAAACGAACCGUGUCCGGGAUGUUCUACGGAGCCCUGUUUCUGAUAUCGUUGUUUCUCCUUUCAUACCCAGACGCCGCCGGCCACGCAACGCCAGGCUACAUCACGCUUACCAAACUGAUCCCUGCCGCGUUCACGCAAAAACAUCGCUUCUGGCCCACGAUAGGUGCCGUCAUGAUCGUAUGGUCGUCUUGUCGGUCGAGAGUGCUGCGCGGUCACGUCUUCUGUUUUGGUCUCGUACAAUAUCUCGGCAAGAUCAGCUUUCCACUGUACGUUAUGCAUGGCCCGAUCAUACAUACGCUGGGAUACUCGAUUCUUCCCAAAACUCCGAUCCACGAAACACCCGAAAUCAUGCGCCAAUUCGAACUCGAUUUUCUGAAGGCGUCAAUCGUCAUCGUUAUGGCAGUCAUCUGGGCGGCGGAUGUGUUUUUGAGAUUGGUGGACACACCGUGCGUCAAUCUGGCCAGACGCCUCGAGAAGAAGUUAUUUGUUUCGUGA